UUCUACAAAGACCUUGACUUCCUCUCAUACAAUUUUAAGUGUGUUUUGAAUUCACUGAAACUUCGAUCUUUUUCAUUUUGUUGAACUCCUAUAAACGUGGUGAUAUUUUUUGUUGAACUCCCAGUCCCAAAUUGCUUUGGGGUUUAUUUCAUUUUCUGUGUGUUUAAUCUUUUAUUUGCAAUGGAAAGGAAGCUUUUCUUGGGCCAAUACUUGAUAUGGAUGAUAUUACUGUUGGAGCAGCUUCAUGGAUGCAAAAGCUGUAUUGAGAAAGAAAGAAAAACAUUAUUGGAGCUCAAGAAACUGUUGGAGCUCAAGGUCUCAAGAAGCUUCAUAACAAGCUGGGACGAUGUUCUCACUACUUGGACUAAUGACACAAAGAGUGAUUGCUGUCAGUGGGAGUACAUUGAAUGCAAUCGUAUAAGUGGCCGGAUUAUCGGGAUUUCUAUUGGUUUUUAUAACACCGAUGGCCCUUUUCCUAUUAACGGACUAGAGAACUUGACAAAGUUGGAACUGCUAAAGCUGGGUGGACGCGGAUUUAACGGCAAAAUACUAGAACUAAUGAAUUUGACUACCUUGAAACGCUUGAGUCUUCAGGGGAAUAGCUUUAGUGGGGCUAUACAUGCAGUUUGUAAAAUGAAGAAUCUAGAGGAGCUCGAUCUCGGAACAAAUCAUUUUGCAGGCGAGCUUCCUCUUUGUUUAGGUAGUUUGAACAAGCUACGGGUUCUUGAUCUGUCAUCCAACCAGUUUAGUGGGAAUCUACCAUCUAGUUUCAGUAGCCUUAAGUCCCUCGAAUACCUAUCAUUGUCAGAUAACAACUUCAGUGGCUUAUUCUCGCUCAGUCCGCUUGCAAACCUCACAAAGCUUAAGGUGUUAAAACUUUCAUCAAAAUCUGAAAUGGUACAAGUCGAAACAGAGGCUACUUGGCAGCCACAGUUUCAACUGAGUGUUGUUGUUCUACGAGUUUGCAGCUUGGAGAAAAUCCCUUCCUUUCUCGUGUACCAGAAGAACCUGCGUCUAGUUGAUUUAUCCAACAACAGAAUAUCUGGUCACAUUCCUACCUGGCUGUUGAAUAAUCCUGAACUUGAAGUAUUACAGUUGCAGAAUAAUGUAUUCACUACCUUUCAGAUGCCUACAAUAGUGCAUAAUAAGUUGCAGUUCUUGGAUUUUUCAGCGAAUAAUAUUACAGGACUAUUCCCUGAUAAUAUUGGUCGUGCACUUCCAAAUCUGGUACGAAUGAAUGGCUCCAAUAAUGAGUUCCAAGGGCAUUUUCCAUCGUCUAUUGGUGAGAUGAAGAAUAUUUCAUUCUUGGACCUGUCUUAUAAUAACUUCUCUGGGAAGCUACCUAGAAGCUUUCUCAAGGGUUGUUUUUCACUAAAACAACUGAAGCUCUCUCACAACAAACUCAGUGGCCUUUUUCUUCCAAGAGAAACAAGCUUCACUUCACUGAAAGAGUUGAGAAUGGAUAACAACUUAUUUAGUGGAGAGAUCGGAGUUGGUUUGCUUAGCUCCAACAAAACAUUGUCAACUCUUGACAUGUCCAACAACCGUCUCGUGGGUGCUAUUCCAAGUUGGAUAACUAACUUAUCUACUUUGAGUACGUUAUUGAUAUCAAACAAUUUCUUAGAAGGCACAACACCACCCUCUUUGCUAACCAUGCCCUCUAUUUCGCUUCUUGACCUGUCUGGAAACCAAUUAUCUGGAGUUUUGCCUUCACAUGUCGGUGGGGAUUUUGGGGUACAAUUGUUCCUAAGCGACAACAACUUCACCGGGCCGAUUCCAGACACGUUCUUGGAACGUGUCAGAAUACUUGAUCUACGGUACAAUAAAAUCUCUGGUAGUAUCCCACAGUUUGUCAAUACCGAGAACAUCAAAAUUCUUUUGUUGAAGGGGAACAAUUUAACAGGAUCUAUUCCAAGGCAGCUGUGUGAUUUGAGCAACGUUAGACUUUUAGAUCUUUCUGAUAACCAUCUCAACGGUGUCAUACCUUCAUGCCUUUAUAAUUUAUCAUUUGGACCAGAAGGAUACAUUUCGGAGAUAGGUGUAUCAUAUUCGGAAAUCUGUAAGUUCAAAUUUUACAAAUCUACAUUUGUGAAUGAGAAAUUCUGUGUAGAAUCCUAUGGUUUUGAAGAAGUUGAAAUCAAGUUUUCAACAAAGCAAAGGUAUGAAUCUUAUUUUGGAGCAUCAGUUGAGUUCACUGGUGCCAUACUUGAUCGUAUGUAUGGGAUGGAUCUGUCAAGCAAUGAGUUAAGUGGUGUUAUCCCAGCAGAGCUUGGAGAUCUCCCACAACUUCGAGUCAUGAACUUAUCUCACAAUUUCUUGUCAAGUUCAAUACCAUCAAACUUCUCCAAACUGAAAGAUAUUGAGAGCCUUGAUCUUUCACAUAACAAGUUGCAAGGAAGUAUUCCUCAACAGCUAACUAGCCUUACUUCUCUUGCUGUCUUCGACGUGUCUUACAACAAUUUGUCAGGGAUCGUUCCACAAGGAAAGCAGUUCAAUACCUUUAAUGAGAAAAGUUACAUAGGCAAUCCUCUUCUUUGUGGACCUACGACGACCAAGAAAAGUUGUGAGGCUACUAAGAGCUCAAACGAAGCAGAUGAUGAUGGAGGAGAAGAAAAAGACGAUGAAGCUGUUAUUGAUGUGGUGGUAUUCUAUUAUAGUGCUGCUUCAACUUGUGUGACCGCAUUGAUAGGCGUUCUUGUAGUUAUGUGUUUUGAUUCUCCUUGUCGUCGGGCAUGGCUCCGCAUUGUGGACGCUUCCAUUUCCUCGGCGAAACGUAUGCUGCCUUAAAUUCUGCUUAGUAUGUUCCCCAUUAUGUUUCUGUAGCUUUGGAUUUUGCAUGAUAUAUGGUUAUUAAUAAGAGUCUCCACAAAAAAACAUAUCUCUCUUCGUUACGUAAUCAGUAGAAAUGUUACUAGGAGCAAUUUCUCUGUUUUCCUAAUUUGUGUGCUAUCGUUUACUUUUAAUUCAACUAAUUCUCUUCCGAGCUA